AUGCCUCAGCUGUUGCCCAUAGCGCUGGGCAUUGAUCUACACAGUCGCCAUGGCGCCAUUCUGGCAUCUGCCGAGAUCAGCCACGCCCUCUACAAGCUGGCCAAUCAGAACAACAGACCGGUGACGGAGCUCAUCUCUUCAGACUGUGUGGAUGGACUCAAGAGCAUUCACCAGAGGCUAUUUGACAGGAAGCAGUACAGGGGCUUUGGUGGUGAGCUGAUGAGGCCUGCCGUCUGUUCCUCAUUGAGAACAUGUCCCUCUCCAAGAUGCCGUUCAACGACGACCCUGUCAUCACUGGCUGGCAGUGGCUGAUAGAUGACACCUUGAAGAGCCUCCACCUCAUCUCACCUGGACCUAGGACGGUAUCAAGGUGGCAGCGGUGUCAGCCCUAGCAGCUCUGUGUGAGCAGUACUACCAGCCCCAGCCAGGCAUGGCUGACCCCCAGAUGCAGGAGGUCCUGGUGUCCCAGUAUAUAGCAGGGCUAAAGAGUACGGAGGUAUUGACCCGAUGUGGCAGUGCCCUGGCCCUGGGUUCUCUACCAAGAUUCAUGAUCCAUGGAAAACUACACCAGGUACUAUAUAUCUGUUAAUAA